AUGGAUGAUAUAUCCAAUCACCGAAGAUGGAUGUAUAAUCGAUUAAUGCCAGGAAGGAGGGGGUUACAUGAAGCAUUUAUUGAUGGUGUUGAUGAGUUUGUGAACUUUGCAACUGCACAGUCCGAGUAUCAAAAUAAUGAGGUGAUUAGAUGUCCUUGUAAAAAAUGUAGAAAUCUAUAUCAUUUAAAGCCAGAGGAUGUUAAGGUUCAUCUAUACAAAAAAGGAUUUGAACCUAACUAUUGGGUUUGGACAUGCCACGGAGAAGAACUACCUCAACAAAGUGGUGAAGCAACGAUUAAUGAUUCUAGGGGAAAUGCACAAGAUGCAGAAUUGAAUCAAUAUGAGUCAAUGUUGUGUGAUAUUGCUGGUCCAAGUUUCAACCCAAAUAUUGAUGAAGUUGAAUGUGACAUCCCACAUGAGUCUUCAAAGAAAUUCUAUGACUUAUUAGAGUCAGCUAGACAACCACUAUGGUCCGGAAGCAAUGAAGAAACUGAGUUAUCAUACACCUUGAAGAUAAUGGACAUCAAAUCCACAUUUAACAUACCACAACUAGCAAUUGAUGCAAUAUUACAACUACAUAAUCGGGCAUUUGGUCCUAAUCGUGUGCCUUUAACCUAUUAUCAAUCACAAAAAAUGAUUGGUAAAUUAGGUUUGGGAUAUGACAAGAUAGAUUGUUGUGUGAAUGGGUGUAUGUUAUACUACAAGGAUGAUGUGGAACUAGUUUCAUGUAAAGUUUGUGGAGAAGCAAGAUAUAAGACUGAUAGGCAUACCAGAUCUCAUCUCAAAAAGGUUUCACGAAAAAAAAUGCACUACUUGCCCAUCAUUCCUAGGUUGCAAAGGUUGUAUGCAUCGCCUAACUCCGCAAAACACAUGCGUUGGCACUUUGAAAAUCGCCGUGAGCCAAAUGUUAUGUGUCAUCCAUCAGAUGGUGAGGCAUGGAAAAACUUUGAUACAAUUUACCCAGAAUUUGCUGCAGAACCUCGGAAUGUUAGGCUAGGAUUGUGUGCAGAUGGCUUUUCUCCAUUUGGUAUGAAUGCUAAAACAUAUUCAUGUUGGCCAGUCAUAGUUGUGCCCUAUAAUCUUCCUCCCUCAAUGUGUAUGACAAUGUCAUACAUGUUCUUAUCUUGUGUAAUCCCAGGAAAAAGCAAUCCUAAGGCAAAAAUUGAUGUGUACUUGCAACCACUCAUUGAUGAAUUGAAAUUAUUGUGGGAUACAGGUGUAGUGACUUAUGAUAUCUCAUUGAAACAAAAUUUUUUGAUGAAGGCUGCAUUAAUGUGGACCAUUAAUGACUUUCCCGCAUAUGGGAUGUUAUCGGGUUGGCAAACAGCAGGAAAACUAGCAUGCCCUUAUUGUAUGCAUAAUUCAAAAGCAUUUUACCUAAAGAAUUCUAGGAAAAAUUCUUGGUUUGAUUGCCACCGUCAAUUCUUGCAUCUCAACCAUCAGUUCAGAAGAAAUAGAGAUGGGUUUCUCAAAAAGAGGAUAGAAAAGAGUAGAAUUCCUCAAGUAUAUACGGGUGAUGAGUUGUUUGAGCGAGUAUCUACCUUUCCAAAAAUUACAGAAGGUGUGAUUACUCGACAAAUUGGUUAUGGACACACACAUAACUGGACGAAGAAGAGUAUAUUUUGGGAUUUAGUAUAUUGGAAAGAUCAUUUGCUCCGGCACAAUCUUGAUGUUAUGCACAUUGAAAAAAAUGUUUUUGAUAAUGUGUUCCAUACUGUGAUGAAUGUUAAAGGCACAAAUAAGAAUAAAGAUAGUGUAAAGUCUCGAUUGGAUGUACAUGAGUAUUGUAACCGACCGCAAUUACAUUUAGUUGAGCAUAAUGGAAAAGUGUUUAAGCCGAAAGCUAAUUACACUUUGGAACGGGAUGAACAAAGAGUUGUGCGUGAGUGGGUGCAAAAUUUGAAGUUGCCAGAUGGGUUUGCAUCAAAUGUAGCAAACUGUGUAGAUCUUAAUGAAAACAAAUUGUGUGGUUUGAAAAGCCAUGACUGUCACAUCUUUAUGGAAUGCUUGAUGCCAAUUGCGUUUUCUUUGUUACCCCAUACAUGUUGGAAAGUUAUAGCAGAACUAAGCAUUUUCUUCCGUCAUCUUUGUUCUGCCACACUGUUUGUGAAUAAGGUUCAAGAAUUAGAAGAGAGCAUUGCACAUUUGAUUUGUAAAUUAGAAAGAAUUUUUCCUCCAACAUUUUUUGACUGUAUGGAGCAUUUACCAGUUCACUUACCGUAUGAAGCAAGAUUAGGAGGACCAGUGCAAUACCGUUGGAUGUAUCCAUUUGAAAGAUUUCUUAAUUUCUUAAAAAGAAAGAUAAAGAAUAAGAGUCGGGUAGAAGGUUCUAUAUGUGAAGCAUUUAUCAUUGAAGAGACUACUACUUUUGCUUCAUAUUAUUUUGAAGCUCAUGUGCAAAGUAGACAUACAAGGAUUGGUCGGAACUUAGAUGAUGGUGGAGUUAAUAAUGCAACACCAUAUACACUAUCUGUGUUCAACCUUCCAGGCCGCCUUAUGGGUGCUUCAAGCAAAAGAUAUAUGGAUGAAAAAGAAGCCGAUGCAGCACAUCAACAUAUUUUGCUCAAUUGCGAAGAAGUAAAACCAAUUCUAAGGAUGUUUGAAGAUGGAUUGUGUGCAUUAAAUCCUGGGAUUACAAAUGCGCAAGUGGACAAAGAAGUUGAAAACUAUUUUGCAAAGUGGUUUCAAACUUAUGUAAAUCAUUACAGAGAUGGGUUACAAAACAAAUUUCUCAUUGAUUUAGCAUGUGGUCCACUGUUGGAAGUCAAAACAUACUCUGGAUACAUUGUGAAUGGGUAUAAGUUUCAAACCUAUUCAUAUUGUAAUGGCAAAUCUACUACAAAUAGUGGAGUGUGUGUUAAAGGGACAGGACUUGCUGAAGGUGAAGCUGAUUUCUAUGGCAUUUUGAAUGAGAUUGUUGAAAUUGAGUACCCAAAUCUACCAAUAAAAAAGGUGGUUCUUUUCAAAUGUGAGUGGUUUGAUCCUAUGCCUAAUAUUGGUACUCGAGUGCUCUCUGAAUAUGGCAUUGUUGAGGUGCGGCAAAACCGAAGAUACCAAAAGUAUGACCCCUUCAUUAUCGCUCAAAAUGCUUCUCAAGUUUAUUAUUUGCCAUAUCCUCGAGGCGCUAAAGACAAGUCAAAUUGGUCAGCUGUAAUAAAUGUAAGAUCAAGGGGCACAUUUGAUGACCAAUACAAACUUAAUACAGCCUUCCAACAAGAAGUGAUACUGACAGGAGCUAUUGGACAUGCAGAGUAUGAGGAGGACCAAGAAAACUUCUUGCAUGAACCAUAUGAAAUGGAAGAAGUUGAUGGAAGUUCAUUGUUUGAACAAACUCAUGAACACAUCAAUGACAAUAACGAUUUAGAUUCAGAAAGUGAAUUGGAAGGUUCUUUUGAUGAUACCGUUAGUGAAGAAUCUGACCAGUAUAGCGAACAAAGUGAGAAUAAUGAUCAAGAUAAUAUAAAUGAUGAAGAUGAAGACGAAGAUGAUGACAACUAA